AACGGGAGGCUGGGCUGCAGCGUGGGGGAGCAGCGUGUCUGAUCCGCUCAGCAUAGGCUCUUUUCAUUUCAAGUCAGGCUGCAUUUUAUCUUUUGAAAAACCCAGAAAACAACGCGACACAACCCACCAUGUCGUCGGACGUCGUUUAUCCACCGCCUCGUUUGUGCAAAACGCUUCUUUCUCUGCACUUGGUUUUGCUGAGCGCGGCUCUCGUCGACAGCGGCGCAGCCACGACCGAAGACUGUGUUAGGUCCAAUGGAGUGGAGUACAGAGGGGAACAACAGAGCUCUUCCUCGGGCCUCACAUGUCUGAUCUGGACCAACAUUACCAGAGACUAUGACGUUACAAGCCAUACUGACUCGGACACUGGUGUUGGAGACCACAAUUACUGUCGUAACCCAGACUCCACUGAGAGGCCCUGGUGCUACAUCUCAGGUCCGGAUGGGGUAGUCCAGAGACAGUCGUGUUCUAUCGACACAUGCAAAGAGCAACCCUCCACCACAGCAGCAGAAGCUGACCCAGCAGCCUCAACGUUACAGCCACAGAUCUUUGAGCCUGCCAAGUCCGGCUCUUCCCAGGGAGACAUCGCUGCUGUGCAGCCAGUUAUGGGCAUUAGUCAGCGAGUACGCACAGGACCCAAGAAGAAAAAGGACCUGGGGACCCUCGGCUAUGUCCUUGGCAUCCUCAUGAUGGCCAUUAUAAUCAUCCUUGGCGUGGGCAUCACAUUGGGCUACUUCUAUAAGAGGGGCCAAGACCUGAAAAACCAGCACGAGCAGCGUGUGUAUGAGCGGGAGAUGCAGAGGAUCACCUUACCCCUAUCCGCCUUCUCCAACCCCACAUGUGAGCUCGUAGACGAGAGCACCAUUGUCAUUACAGCGGAGCAUGAGCCGACCCCCGCCCAGGAGGUUGCAGAGGGUGCAGAUCCACUCAUGGGCCAGCAGGCCGGUACACCAGGAGCCUGAGUGUGACUGCAGUCUAUGAACGGGACAUAGAUGAGUUUAGUUGGACCAAAAACACUCCCAUCCCUUCUCCUCUCCCCUUAAAUAACCUGUUUUGAAGGCCUAAAAGGAGUAGGGGAGCAGUGUUGCGCUCCAUAAGGCUUUGAACUAAGCUUUGUGUCCUGUGUGUCGUUUUUUUCUCUGGUUUUAAUACACCCGUGUCACAAACAGGGGGAUAAGAUGACACAUAGUGGACAGGUGUAAGGAGAUAUUUACUAACUCAUGGAAACCACUGUGGUGAAAAAGAUGGUUGGAGGAUUAUUUGUACAAAUGUGCAUGUCAUGAAUGCUCACUGAGAUCAUUUUGUUCAUGAAAAUUUGUUUCGUGGGCGGCCCGCUGUAAAAGAGUAGCAUAGUAGCCAGUGAAUGGGAUGUUGACCAAUCAUAGUGUGUAAUUUAAACAGCUCUUGGUGAGGAGAUGGUGUUUGAAAUGGUGGGAACUAGAAAGCCUUUUUCUUUUCUGUUCUUUUUCCAAGUUCACAUGUUCAGUAGUGGGAGGGCUUUGCGCGCCAUUAUGGGUACACGUGUAAGUAGAUACUCACUUUAAUUUGUCCACCGGCUGCACGAACACUGAUGUGAGAAGGACAAGGAAAGUGUGUACAUCCUGUACAAAAAAACGUUGUUUCUGAGACAGUUGAGACCAAUGUGAGAAUGACUCCUCUAAGAAUAUUUACUGAGGAAACAUGAAGUUAAGCAAACCCAUUAAUGGCAAAGAGGCCAUCCCACCCAGAAGUUGCCUUAGCACUAUCCAUCCGAAUGUAUUUUCACAUUGUUUCCUUGCUAACUUUCCUCUGCAUUUGGCUGGGUGGGAUGAGUGGCCAACAUGACUACAGAGCACAGCAGCAAUAGUAGUUUGCAGACAUGAGACAGGACAUGCCCUUUACUUCCACAGGUUAAGGAGUGACAGGAAAUGCAGUGCUCUGUGUAAAACAUGAGAGACAGGAGUUAGUCCUCAGGAGAAAACAGCACUGCCACCACACAGAACAGAUCUGGCCGGGGAGGGGUCGAGAGACCUGGACAUAAGCCCGAACACUGUUUAUGCAGAACAAAGGAGAGCUGCCCGGAUUGGAGCAGUCUGCUCUAUUAAAAAGUGCUGAAGCCUGGUGCUUAAAUUAGUUUCAGGGCUGUGAGUUGCACUCUCAAUGCUUCAGGCUGGAGAGAGGAACAGAAUAAGAUGGUCCCAAAGUUUGGUUUUGUUUUUUUUAAAAGAUGAAGCAAAUAUGGAUGCAUGAGCAUGGUAACCCACGUCUUUACCGCAGGGCAGGCUGAUGUAUCAUGCACUUGAAGAAAGCAUGGAGAAAGUAAGCAUUUAGAAACUAGAUGCCAGGCGAAUUUUGUUAUUAUGCAAAUCGCAGACCAGGUUACAAAGUCUCUUGUUUGGACAGUUCUCAAUAUUUUGAUAAUCUAAUUUUUGAAAUUGCACAUCAGUCCAGCCGUCCUGUUCUGUGGUUAUAGCAGUUAUUGGAUCUGCAUCACUGGUAAGCUCUGGUCAUUACUGUGCUAUCAUUUCCAUGCAACUGUGCUGGCUGUAAUUGUUUUUUCAUCAUUUAUCUCAUGUGCAACAUGUACUGUUGCUCAUUAUUUAAAGUUAUUUGUAUGAUUCAUACUGCUGUGACUGAAAUAAAAGACUGAAAUAAAAAGGAUUU